AGUAUGAAUCUGACCCUAAACGCCUCAGCAAAAUGGGUAAUAGAGGCAUCAAGGGAGGUCCAGAACCCGAACACACUACUAGAGAAGUUCUCCCUUAAUCGAAAAGUCGAUGACCCCACGCGAUCUUUACUUCUUACAUUUUAUGGUAUCCUGGUAACGAUCGGAGCUGUUGGGAAUGCGCUUGUUGUAAUAUCUGUAGUAAGAAAGCCAGCGAUGCGAACAGCGCGAAACAUGUUCAUCGUUAACUUGGCUGUCUCGGACGCGUUGGUCUGCUGCGUCGGGACGCCACUCACUUUAAUGGAACUUUUGACCAAACAUUGGCCACUGCCCAAUUGGCCAAGCCUUUGCAAAGCCUGCGGUGCCAUUCAAGCUAUAUCAAUAUUUGUCUCGACGAUAUCAAUCACGGCAAUUGCUUUGGACAGAUAUCAGCUGAUCGUGUACCCGACACGACCUGGAUUGCAAACAAUGGGAGCUCUCAUCACGAUGUGCUUUAUAUGGGUCACAGCGUUCACUUUGGCCUCUCCUCUUUACAUAUUCCGAAGUUUAAAGACCCACAAAGUUGGCUUAUUAGGCAUGGACUCCUUAAGUUUCUGUAUAGAAGACUGGCCUAUAGAUGACGGUCGAGCUAUAUACUCCUUGUUUAGUCUUAUCUUUCAAUAUUUAGUACCAGUUCUAGUAGUCAUUAUGGCGCAUGUCCAAAUUCAUAGGCGACUGCGAGGAAGAAGAAGAACUACACGAAAAACCCCAGCUAUACUUAUAGCUAUUGCUGCUACAUAUGUGAUAAGUUGGCUACCUCUGAAUGUUUUUAACUUGGUUGCCGAUUUUAGUUCUGAAGUAAUCCUUGACGAGACGUCGAUGACAAUAACAUACGCAGUAUGUCAUAUGUUUGGGAUGUCCAGUGCAGUAUCCAAUCCCUUACUAUAUGGGUGGCUAAAUGACAAUUUUAGAAAGGAGUUCGAGGAAAUUUUAUGUUGUUGUAGAAAGAAGAAUCAGAUGAAUAAGAAUAUGAGGAGUAACCAUAGAAAAAUGGAUACCGAGCUGACAGCAUUGGCGCAGUUGGAACACACUGUGACCGCGAAUACAAAAACCUCUCAAUGUUCGCAAAUUUUCUGACUAAAAAGCUGUUUCAAAUAGCAUGAAACCGUGGAGGUUUAAAGUAUCUGAACUCUUGUCAAUUCGAAUAGUUAACUUUUGUACAGUGUGAUGGUGUAAAAAGUUCCUGUGUUGUUCACUUAUUGUUGAUAAAUAUUGUAUAGUUAAUGUUUACGUAAGUGUAAAUAUAGAUCUUCUUAAAUAUAUUUGUAAUGGCGACUUACGUUUUAUUGAGCCCAAAACGUAAAUCGCUAAACUACGAAAAUAUGAUUUAAGUGAAUUAAUUGUAACUUUUUUGUUUAAUAAAAUAAUCUCCUGGGAAA